CCUAUUUUAUCUAAUUAAAAGUUCAUUAUUGUCAAGUUGAUUUACGAGAUGCAGUCUAGUUUGCUUAUUUUAGUGAUUUUAAAGCUUUAUUUGUUCUCUGUAUGUGCGAAAAUUCGACCGAAAUCCGACUUGAGUAUUAUCGACGGACAAGGAUUUAUUACAUACUUGGAAGUAGAAGAAAGUUUUGGGGAAAUAAGUAAAUGUUGGUUCAAAUUUCAAGAUGAAAAUCAGAUCGAAAUUGAUCUUACUUCAAAUGAUGUCAUUGAAACCGUUCGUGGAGAGAAAGUACAAAAAUUUUCGAAAACAGAAUGUGGAAUUCGUGUUGAAAAUAUAAAUAAUGCUUCAAUUGGUACAUGGAAUUUGCAAGCAAUGAAUUUUUCUGAAUCUUACACCAACGAUUCAGUUAGGAUAAGAAUUUUAACAGCUCCAAAAAUGAUUCUAGACACUAUAUUAGAGAAACCAUUAGGACUUAACACGGUCUCUUGCACUAAACAAGAUUACACCAGAGCAUGUAGAUUAAUUGAAACAUCGACUAAAAAGUCUUGGGAUCAGUGUGAAUUGUUUAAAAAGAUUAACAAUGAAAACAAUUUUGAAUGUCGUACUCUAUCUUGGGGCAGUAUGGAUGAAAGUGUAGAAAAGAUAAGCGUUCGAAUUGCGCCAAUCACUCAAUACUCCGAAGCAAGUAUCGAGGAAAGAGACGAUCACAUUGUCUUGCGGUGUUUAAUGAAAUCGGUUUCGGUGCAAAGUUGCAGAGCUGAAAUGCCAGACAGGACAACACAGCUGUAUAUUGCUGAUGGAUUAUACAAUGGAAAAUACUCUUCAUACGAUACACUGUUAUCUCAAUCUAAAUGCGCAUUAGAGAUACCAAAACCCCUCGAACAAUCUGAGAAUGGCCUUUGGAAAAUAAUUCAACAUUCCGAUUCGACUGGGUUACUACAACUUGGUACUGGUUGUCUCUUUUAUGUCGGUACUUCAAGUAAGGAAACCAUCAUCAAAGAGGAACUCAAACGCCAACAAGAUGAGGAUAAUAGAAGCAGCAGUAGAAUCAGUAGCAUCAGUUACCACUACCAGAAUCUGAAUCAGAAUCUGAAACUAGAAAAGGACGAUGACGACAAAGACGACGACUCAACCACUCUACUUCGUCGACGAAGGAUUGAAUUGUACUCGACCGAAAGUACAAUUUCCGAAAUAACGUGCACGGUACCGUUUGUUGUGGACGAUUGCUAUCUCAGAGAUUCCAAGAACACUCUCUAUUUUCCGGAUAGUGGAAGAUUUCAACGGUCCCGUGCCCUUGGCAUUUGUACAUUCAUCAAUGUGCAAAGCAUGCCCGGUAUAUGGUCGUGUGGUCUGCGAGGAUCCGAUUACAAGGGUGAUGUUGUCCAGGAUAUUGAGGUUUCCAUUGAAUCGAAACUAGGUCGGGUAGUUACGGGCAGUAUUAGGAUUGCACAGCAUGAGCCUCUGGAACUAAUGUGUAAGUCCCCGUUUGAAGAACCAAUUUCUAGAUGCGUAUAUGUUAGCCCGAAUAGUCGUGUACACUUGGUGGCUAGCACAACUGGAGGCACAAAGAUGACAGGACAUGUCCAGUACUUUGGUGAAGGGAUUGAUAAAGGAUUUUGUGGAGUGCGUAUCAAUGCAGUUAGCGCAAAUGAUUUCGGAGAAUGGAGCUGCCAGUUUCAGAAUGUGAACAAUGGAGCGACCUUAUCAAAUUUCACUAUCAUCGUUAACGAGAAGACUGUUCAAGCUCAGAUGUCGUGGUUGGUUAUACUUGGAAUCGUCCUGGGAGUUGCAUUGGUUGCAAUAAUAGCAACUGUUGGAGGAAUUUUUGGAUAUAAGAAAUUACGACAAAAACCAGAAGAAAUAGAGGGCAUUGGCAUGUCGGGAAUUCGGGAAUAAAGGAAAUAAACUUUUUAAGUAUA